UACACAUCAGCCUUGCUUCCGAUCUUGGAGCGUCGAUGAACGCGUGCACGAUUCUAAUCGGCAAAAGGAAUUUCUAGUGGUGAAUCGUAGUUUUUCGUUGGUUGGUCGGUUGGUCGGCUGGCCGGCUGGCGAAUAGAAAGUGUUUGGUGCGUCGCAAGUACAUAAUUGUUUGGUGGUGCACGUUUGUUUUACGGGAAAAGGAAGAAACCGCGGCGUGACCGCGCACAAGUCGGUUAAUUAGCCUAGCUAGAGCGAGUGCAUACGUGCGAAAGGAAGGAAGAAGAGAAGAUCGGAGGAGUCGGCGACGGAACGCGACGGAACGCGACGGAACGCGACGGAACGCGGCGGAACAUACGGCGAACGAGAGGAGUAUGACGAAGAGCAGAAGAAACGAGGAUAAAAUCCGGCAGGAAAUGACGAAACAUCGACAGGACGAAUACGAGUUAGCCGAUUACGUGGAUGAAGAGAACGCGGCGGCGAGGGCCAUGGAGGUCGUUGGAGAGAGUGUCGAAGGUGAGAACGAGGAGGGAAGGAGCAAGAAGAGGGUGAGCGGAGAGGCCGCGGAGCUUUUUCAACGACGGCAACAACAACUCGAGCAACAGCAACGGCAGCAGCAGCUAGCCUACGGAAAGCGUGGAGGCGAAGAAGGCGGGGACGUCGUGGGCGUGCUGGAGGCGGGACAGCAGGAAAUUGAAAAUGGCGCGGUCGUGGAGGCGAGCAGCGUGGAAGCGGUAACGAUGCCCGUUUCAGCGGACCAGGAAAACGACGGCAGCGCCGACUACGGAUUGAACUCGCUCAGCUACGAGCGAAUAGACGACGAACCUGUUUUUCGGGCAAGGUGUUACAUGGAGGAGAAUUCGAGCGGCUACGGGGGCGGUGAUCCAGGCAGCGAUACGACCGAGCAAGAGGAACAGCAACAACAAGAGCAACAGGUUUCACAACCGCCCCACCAGCAGCACCACCACCACCGCCACGGACACCAGCAGCAGCAGCGGCCCGAAUACGUUCAGUUGGGGGCGAGAGUAGUAUCGGUUCCCGAGGGUGGUGGGGGUAACGGACCGACGAGCGAGGUCUCCGCGUUGCCGGAGGAAAAUCGGGCCGACAGUCACGCGCUUCGCUCUACGAUGCAUCGUUACGGUACUGAAGCGCUCUCGCCAACUGCGACCGAUCAUCACAACCACCACCAUCACCUCCACCACCACCCUCUCCACCACCUCCAUCAUCGCCAGCAGCAACAGCAGCAGCAGCAGCAGCAGCAGACGCAGCAGCAGCACCACCACCACGAUCAUCAUCAACAACAGCAGCAGCAGCCGCACCACCACCACCAUCACCAUCAUUUACAGUCGGACGCGUCUCAGCAUAGCGUGCUUUCUUCUUCGUCGAGUCAUCGUCAGUUGGACGAGCGAGGAGCACAAUCGCAAACACAGUCGCAUCAAGAAGUGGACGAAGACGUGGAUAGAGUGAGUGGAAUCAUGAGGGGAGCCCGUGGAGAUUUUCCUCUUGGUAUGUUGUUUCCAAACCUCGGUACCGCCGGCACCAGUAGUCCCGCCAGUAACGACGUCGGGACUAGCGAGAAUCAUCAUCAUCACUCUUACCAUCAUCAUCAUCAUCACCAUUUAGAGGAGGUAUUGCCGGACGAGGCGUAUCUUCAGCAUCAGAUAAGGGGCGGUGGAAGUAGCAGCGGGAACGGUGGUGGCGGAGGUGGAGCCGGAGGUAGUGGCGGCGGCGGUACGGAGAACAGCGGUGGCGGUGGAUCUCCGAAUUUGCGAACCGGUAGUUCACCGGGUUCCAGUCGCAGCCCGCACGACGAGCAAGGACUCUCGUCGCCGCACCGACCAGGGCAAGCGGACGGAGGAUACAGUCCCAGCGAUCAGGGCAGACAGUCGUACGCGCAUUUGACAGCUAUGCAGCCACCGUCCGCGGUGCAGGCGAACCACGGCAUCAGCCAGGAUGCCGGCGACCGCGUCUCCGAUCAGCUUUACAUGGAUUCGAUUUACGCUCAUCACACGGCUGGGACGCCUCAUCACCAUCAGGAACACGAGACGGGUUCGCCGACUACUCAUUCGCCCAGUGCAGCGCUUUCCAAUUCGUUGUAUCGUUCGAUGAGCGGCUUGGGCAGCAUGCCAACGGCAGACGCGGCGGGAACCGGAGCCGCUUAUGCCCUUCCUUACAUGACCACCAGCCCCACGGAAUUGACGGCGAGUCACGCACGAUUCUCGAAACGUACAGGCUUGGGCACCGGUCUUCCUGCCAUCUCGGAGGAUUACGGAGGUGCCAACAGCGGCAAGUCGUCGAGCACGGUGACUCAUCAGCCAUUGCCAGGCUUUUUGCAACCGUUUCGCGGUAGGGUGAGCUUUCGGGGAUACAGUCCGUCUUAUUCGACGCAGCAGACCAGCACCGGAGUCGGAGCCACGGCGGUCGAGGCCUCGUCCUGGAACUACGCUUCGCCCUCGAACGACUCUCUGACCACCCAGUACGCCGCUCCGUCCAGAUGCCAGACCGUGAACCCAGCGUCGACGCCCACGCAGCAUCAGCUCACCGCCACUGCAAGCCUUAGCGCAAUGCACAACAUCGAGGCGGAAUACUUUACGGAGGGGCGCGAGUGCGUAAAUUGCGGCGCAAUUUCCACUCCGUUAUGGCGACGAGACGGUACCGGGCAUUACCUCUGCAACGCAUGCGGUCUCUACCACAAGAUGAACGGAAUGAAUCGACCCUUGGUGAAGCAGCCACGGCGAUUGUCCGCUUCGAGACGGGUAGGCACUUCUUGCAGUAACUGUCAAACGAGUCAGACGUCGUUGUGGCGACGUAACGCGCUGGGUGAGCCAGUUUGCAACGCGUGCGGGCUUUACUACAAGUUGCACGGAGUGGUCAGGCCCCCUUCCAUGAAGAAGGACAGCAUUCAAACGCGAAAGAGGAAACCGAAGGGAGGCAUGAAAUCUACCGACACGCCCAUCACCGGCAACAGCAACAGCAACAACAACAACAACAACAACUGUCGCAACAACAACAGCAGCAGCAGCAGCAACAACAACAAUACCAACAACAACAACAACACCAACAACAACAACAAUAAUAACAGCUUAAAGUUAGAGCCAGAUGCGUUCAGUAUAACUCCGGGUUGCUACGGCGGUACGUUUUACGGCAACCCGCAAACCUCCGGUCGGAUCGUCUCGUACCAAUCGGACGCACCUGGAAUGUAUUACGGCAUGAUCACCUCUCAGCAACAGCAACAAACGCAGCCGCAAUCCCAACAACCGCAGCAACUUCAGCAUCAGCAACUUCUCGAGACGCACUCGCCGAAAGUGGAGUGCCCGUCACCGCCGUGCGCGAAUCGCUCACCGGUCAUGAUAGCCAGUCAUUCGCCCGAUCACCACCACCAGUUACCUUCUCCGCAUAUCGUUACCCUCGGCAGUUCCUCUCCUAGCGCGGCCGCCACUGCCAAAAUUAUCCUCGACAACGGUCACCUGGACAGACCCACGGUUGUCUCCAUAUCCUCCUAAACCGGCCUCCGUCGAUGAGAAAGUUGCCGAUACAACAAGACACGUGUGAGAGAAGAUCGCCCCUCGGAACUAGCCUCCUCCUCCUCCUUCCUCCUCCUCCAUCGGCAUCGUUUCGAGGGUAACGGAGAGGAGAAAACGUCGUCCCUUCCUUUCCUACGCGCGUUGCUUCGUUGCUUUCGUUUAACGGGCUGAAAACUUUGAUUUGAAUGGAAACAUGUAGCAAAAAAGGAGAAAGCUUUCGUCCUGCCUCGUUACCCUUCGAAAGGUAACGAGAAAAAGGCGAAAGUUGGAUCGAGUAGAGAUGACAAGCAGGAGAUUACGAAAACGAACCAUGCUGAAAGAUAUUUAAGUAGGGUAGACGUUUCACGAGGUUUAUUCCAGUUUGAAAAAGACGACGCGAGUGGGACAAGGCUUAUAUCGGAGUAAUAAUCGAACGAGACUGAAAGACAAGCUGUCCUAGUAGUUUUGCGCAAAAUCUACGAGACUGGUUGUAAAUAGUUUUGCCAGAGAAUGUAUGCGCGCGCGCAAAAUAGCGCGGUACGAACUGUUUUUUUUUUGCGUGCCCAGAGAUGUUUUGGUUUCGUCGUUUAGUCUAACGCGCGACGAUCGAUGCAUGUGACGAAUACGACGCUCGAUCGUCGAUUUCUUUUUUUUUUUUCUUGCUGUAAAUAGACAAUAACAUUAACCUAGAGUGUUAAGCUUAGACGUUAAGUGUAUCCAGCGCGCCGAGUCGAA